AUGCAUCGCCUUUCUCCAAAGUUGACCCCAAGUUCUUCAGCAGUGGCGGCGACACAGGACGAACUUGCAGGAACUGGCAGUAAUCGGAAUCAUGGUAACGGGUUACACAGACGCGGAGGCGGGGGAGCUGGAAGGAAGAAUGGUGCUGUGACUAGUAAUCAUAUAAACGGAGUGGUUGGUCGAAAGUCAGGCCGUAGCACAUCACCAGUGGCUUCAUCGACGUUGGUCUCGACAUCCUCAACCUCAGCUUCAGCGCCUCCCCAAAAACCGCCACAAUCCCCAACUCCAACGAUACGAACUUCUGCAAGCACUAUUCCAACGAAACGAAAGCAUCCGAGCACGUUGGACGGAAGACCUGCUUUAGAUGAAGACUCCGAAUCAAUCCGGUGUAUUUGUGGCUUCAGUGUCGAUGACGGCUGGUCGGUAGGCUGUGACGGCUGUGGACGUUGGGUUCAUGGAGUUUGCUUUGGAUUUGAGGCGAAGGACAAGGAGAACUUGCCCGAUCAUUGGUGGUGCUGGGAAUGCGACCCAAGCUUGUUGGAGAGGAUCGAUAGGGAAAAGGCCAGGAGUCUGCAAAUUGCUCGGUUAGCAACAGCUGCAGGGGAUACUGCCGGAAAUGGGAGACGAAGGUCAAGUCCAGGCGUCGACAGGAAGGCACGAAAAAUCAACAUAGCUACCGGCGCUGGUCCUUUUUUGUCGCCUUCUUCUGGUAUAUCGCCAAACUUUCCUUCAAUUUUCCCAGAUCAUAGCUCUCAUAAACGGAAGCGAACUUCAGUCGCAGCACCUUCUCCGCUUACUACUGGCUCUGCUUUCUCAUUUCCUCCGACUACCGGUCAACCAAGUAGUGCGGAUGACUUCAUUGACAUUGACGAGUCCUGGUCUCACUCAUACAUCGACAUUUCACAUGAUAUCAUUCCUGAAUCUGAAGCCCGGGAAAGACUACGCAAGCAGGCAUCUGAGUGGCGAGGAAUUUCUGCAAUAUCCCCUGUCCACGAUCUUUCUUCAAAGCCAGGCUGGCCGUAUUUUAAUACGACCCCAGUACGGUAUCCUCAUCCAGUCUCGCCUUCAGUCUCAUCAGUCUCCCUUCGGCCUAUCAAUUCCAGCCCAGGAUCCGUACUUCCUCCAUCCUAUGCCGUUCACACAACGCACCCGAUUCCUUCACAAUCACUUCUCGCCCCAUAUCCUAGCGUAAUUACCUCGUCAUCCACCUACCUUCAAGAUCCACUGAACGCUUACGCCACUCUCGGGAUGCCAAAACCCCGAGUUCAUCUAAUCGGUCCUCCUCUCGAUGUUAGUCUCGAUGCUCGAGGGAAGGGUGGCAAGGCGCGAUUCGUGCGAAGUGGAUGUCAGCCCAAUGCAGUUUUGAGGCCUGUCUUGUGUGAUGGAAAACGAGGGGAUCCCGAUAACAUAUAUCGUAGAACAUCGUCAGGCGAACAGGCUGAUUCAUCAUCUCAUUCUGCACAUCCACCACCACCACAAGACACGCCAGAUUCGCUCUCGUUUGCCAUCUUCGCUCUUCGAGACUUGAAGGUCGACGAGGAGAUUGUACUUGGAUGGGAGUGGGAUGACGCUAAUGUCGUGCAUUUGCUACCUGCAUUGCUUCAAGAUAAGGAUAUUUUCCCACCUGCUCAAUUAGCGGCGUACAAACUUCAAAUGGCCAAUAUACUUCGUGCGCUAGGAGCGACGUUCACAAGUUGUGCCUGUGGUGACCGGGCUAGGGGAUGCGUGAUGAGGAAAAUGAAGGAGUUCGUUGAUGAGGUUGAUGAUUUGGACUCAGAGCACGAGCUGCAAAGGGAACGAGAACUUAGGAAUGUUAACUCUGGAAUUGAGCGGAGUGAAGGGUUUAAACAUAUUCGUGGCAUGCAAGAUGGUCAGGGGGGCGUGGACAUCGAGAUGAUUAAACCUCUUUCAACAUCGGAAACCUUCAGCGACCAUCUUCCACCUUCACACCCAACUAACUCCCAUUAUCAGCCACCCUCCACGACGGGGUCAUCCGCCCCUCCUUCGAUGACUCCUCCCUUCGAAUCGUCAUUGUCAUCAACUAUUCCUGGAAACCUUCAGACCCAUCCCCAGAACUCGUCUUUUUCUCGCAGCUCUCUUAUGUACGCUCGUCCAGUGUCACCCUCACUUAUCCAGCAGGAACAUACAGAACAAGAAGUAGAGCUGCAAACUCAGUCGUCUGCUCACCCAACAUUUCGGAGGCUUAACAAACAUUCAACCGCGUCCAGCUCGCAAAUACCGUCUUCUUCCCCUACGGUUGAUUUAGGUCCUCUAAUCGGCGUUCCGCGAGGUUUCCGAACGAGGGAGAAGGUAGAAGGAAGCGGGGGGCUUGGUGGCGUUGAAAUGGACACAGAUGACAGCGAAAACAGAGGAGAUAGUGUUGAGGUGGGUCAGGAUGUGCACACAAAGGCCUACGUUCGUCUUGGACCUCAAGAUGAGAAGCAAAGGAAUUUUCCGGCGCUGCACCCCAAUCUGGAUGCGGAUUCCAGCAUUUUUUCGGUGUACGCCGAUCAAGCCACUCAGCCGCCCGCUCACAACUUUCCUCUUCAUCCUUACCCCUACCCGAUCCAUGGCAUAACUCCAUCACCACCUUCUGUAUAUUCGUAUGCUCCUUUCUACGGUACUCCGUAUCCUUUCCCUCAUACAACUUACCCUCUUUAUAUCCCUCAUCCCCCUGGAAAUCCACUACAUAAUCCAAUACGGAAUGGUGGUAAAGAGGACUUGUUUUGGGGCGAUAUUCCGUCAAUUGCUCGAGUGGAUAAAGGAAAGGGACGAGCACAGGAUAUCGAUAUCGUUGCUGCGGAUGAUGAGGACAAUGAUGAAAUUUCUAUGGGAAGGAAUAAUAAGGAAGGCAUAGAUGUCGUCGUUAACGAAGUGUCUACUAGACACCCUCAACGCCAUCGACGGAAACAAUCCGUUUAUAAACGUCCCAUAUCGCCUCAAACACUUCACUUAUCGGACCAGGUUGUAGAAGGAUCUGAAAUUCCUCCGAAAAUGAAACGAAGGUGGCAACAUGAAAGGAACGAAUCUAAAAGUCCAAUUGAGGGUAAAAGGACUCGAAGAGCUUAUGAGGACAUGCAAGUCGACGACGAUGGUCGUACUCGAGGCGGGCAAGAUCCCACGACAGGCGAUCUAUCUACCACAACGUCCCCUGCGAUGCCAACAAUUUCAACUACACACGCUCCUGUGGUCUGUUCACCUUCAACCACAUCUCCUCUUUUGACGUUUGCAAACCUAUCCCUGCUUUCACCCGUCCCCGUAUCAUCAAGUUCUACAUCCUCUUUGUAUCCCUUCCCAGAUCGUCAACUCCCCAGUCACAAGUCUACCAACUGGUGGGACGUUUCUUCUCAGGGUUCUCGACAUCAGCCGAAAUCACCUAUGCCGCGUGCACAGUUCAGAUCCCAGUCACCUCCUCGUCAUAUCUCUCCUACUAGACGAGCAAUCACUGACCCUCUUGCAGCUUUAGCAGCAGCUGCUGCUGCUGCUCGUCCGAUAUCUCCUCUUCCUAACAGGAUAUACUCGGACUCACGGUCGAAAUCACGAUCUCGGUCACCUCGUUCCGAAAAUCGUCUUGGUACACACUCUACGUUAAAUGAGCCCGUCCAUGAUAGGUAUUCCUACGAUAUGACCACGCCAUAUCUUGGUUCACCUCGACGAAGUCGCCGGAUGUCCACAAGUGAUGGUGAACGUUCAGAUCCAGAUCAUCAUCAUCCUUCUCAUUUUCGUGGGCUUGAAGAUUUCGACCACGACAACCAGGAUGUGCGUCAAUCCCGAGCGACAUCGAUGCUUGAGAGUCAUGACGCAGUCUUGGGACCGGGAGGAAUACGUGUUCUGAGCUCGCCUGAGCAUGAAUGGCUGCCCUUGAGGAAGGGAGAUACUUCGACAUCCACGGAAUCAUCGUAUGGUGCUACUAAUGUCCUUUCUGCAACGGACUUCAUAGAUCAUUCACGAUUAGAGAGAAGUGUAAUCGCAAUCGAGGAUGAGUCGAGCGUGGACUCUAGGAGUUUAAAGGUGAAGGCAGAAUUAUUAAAUGAGGACCAUAUACCAUCCUCAACUCAUUUGGUUCAUCAAAAUUGCGAACCAGUGGAAGUCGUCGAUGUCGAACGACCCUGUUUCGUUGGUACUUCCGCAGAGCCAGAAACUGCUCUGCAAAUCACACAACCUAGUCACCUCGUUCCUACCCUCCAUCCUCCUCUUGCAUCUCCCAAUGAACUCCCAAGAUCCGAUUUGCUUUCACCAACGGAUUCAUACGUUGCGCCUCUAUCUCCGCUCACACCACCGGCAACAAACCUGAAAGACAUUCCGCCUUGGCCCGCCUCUCCGUCACCUCGCAAUUCACCUUCCGUAUCUGACCCAGUUCAGAAAUCUUCACUCCCUCCAACGUCAUUGGUACCGGAUGCUAUACCUUCGUCAGAACUCCAACCCGCCCAGUACAAUGAAGCGCGACCUUCAACACUAGUGUCAGCUGACUCUCACGCACCCACAGAUUCGCCGAUGAGCGCACUGUCGUCGGUUGGGUCUUCGUCUCCAAUCAAUGCUAAUUUCACAUUACACGCCAUUGAGAACAAAGAGAAUGAUUGCGAUAAUGAGUGCACGGCGCAGGUGACAAGGUCGUCCCCUUUUUCCUCUCCGCUUUCUUCUCCUAUGGAGAAACUGAUAUCACUACCUGCGUAUUCCGCACCUAUUGAACAGUCGUCGAGCUCGUCAGGUCCUGUCCACGAACGCACAGAAGUGAACUGUCCGCCUCCGAAUACAAUCCACCACAUUCCUUCUGAGUUGCCGGCUGCAAGUGUGGGUUCAUUCCAGUCGCAACCUGAUCCGCCAUUACAUGCAUCUAUUCAUGACGUUCCGGCUCUUGAACAUUCCAGUUCAAUGUCCCCGCUUCACUCUCCCGGAAAUGAUUCUCCUACAACACCAAAGGAGGUAGAUUCGGAGGAAGUGGAAACUAUGGAUGUGGAUGUAAUGAAUGCGCACGACACAGAUACUAAUGAUGAGCAGGAACGGAAGGCCCAAUUAACGAUACCGUCUAUCAACGCCAAUCUUUCUCCUCCCUUAGUCUCUGUACGAGCUGAGAUCAAUUCUGAACAUAUCGAUGCAUCCGAGCUCGCACCGCAAACCUCUCCUGCCCUUGCUACUUCACCUACACCGACGAUCUUUGCUGCGUCCAAAGUUAAGAAGAUGAGCUUGAAGGAUUUUGCUAUUCGGAAGAGACGUCAGAAGGAAGAAGAGGAGCGAGAGAAAAAAGAGAAGGAACAAGAUAAGGGAAAUGAUGUGGAACAAAAGCCGGUGGAUUGGGAGGAUGCAAUCAUCAUUGAGGAUCGCCAAAAAGUGCAGGAAUCUCAUGUCGAAGUCGAAGCUCCGGUUGAUUCGAACGGUGAGGAUGAUGCGGAAAAAACUCCGGAAACAGAUAGCCUCUCAGCCCCACCCGCCAAAUAUGUGGUUCCCGCAGUUUUGGAAUCAAAUAUUGAAGAACGCGGUCACAACGUAGCGAAAUCUGACGUCGACGUCAUAAUGAAGGCCUCGGAGACACUGAACAAGCUCAUAAACUCUUCGUCUAUGUCAAUGAAGUCAAUGACCGUCGCACAUGAGUAUUCUGCCUCGCCACCACAUUUUGACGUCUCAACUACUGCAAAACUUCCUCCGAUGGUCUCAUCGCUUUCGGCAUCUCCCAAUAUCACCAGUCGUCCUCCAAGGGGUCUCAUCACUGAUCCAAUAAUCAUCGCGGAUUCUUCACUGUCUAGUUUGACUCGCGAAAAAACAAUGGCCCCUCACUCUGUGCCAGAGGAUGGGGAAAUUGAGGACGGCGAUAGUCGGACGAUGUUCAGAUUUUCUCCUUCACCCAAGCACCCUUCGUCCAAUAUCAAGUCUCCCUACCUCUUAUCCACCUCUCAACCCAAAUCCUACUCGCCUCCUCCGCGAGCAUUCAAGAUUCAUGAAAAUAUCGUCACGAACGAACAGCGUUCACGGACACCACCAACUCAACCUCGUUCAUUCACUGCACGCUCACCAUCAGUUUCUUCUGUCCCUCACGGUAGUCCACCCAUUCGAAGAUUGGCAAUUGCUCCUGUUGCCAAUGGUUUAUCUCCCAAAGUCGCUGCAAACGUUACUUCUACUACUUCUUCUGCUCCUUUUAUACCUUCUGCUCCUCCCUCUGCCAAUCCAGCUCUAGGUCGUACACCGCCCUCUGGUCCACGUGCGCUCCGUCAGUUACAGCAGCACCAACAUAGCGGUGGAGGUGUAGGACAUAUGGGUCCACGGAAUAGCAAUGCAUAUAUCCCUCGUGGUCUACCGUAUGAUCGGGACCGGUUCAGAGAUCGCGGGGGUGACUUUGGGAGGGAAAGAGAUCGGGAUUUGCAUUGGAAUGCACCUGGCGUUCAAAGGCUGAGGACCAGUGAGAACCGGUAUUAG